AUGAGGCAUGGGGCAUCGAGUUUGAUGUUCCCGUCAUUGAUCACUUUGUUGUGUAAGAGGGCUGGAGUCUACAAGAGGGCUGAGGAUAACAUGGUUGAUUCUGAUGCUGAUUUUCACCCACUACAGGUGGUUGUUCAUGGGUAUGUUGAGGCCUUUGGUGGAGGUUGGUUCUUCGAGUGCUGGAGAGAGUUACUUCACCAGAGAGGAGAUGUAGGGCUAUUUGGAGGCGCAGAAGGGGAUGGAAAAAUGGGUAGUCAAUGUUGUAAAUCCAAAGAUGAUCCAGACCUCCAGCAGUUUGAUUGGUCCAUUCAAAGUCGAACUUCCAAAGCACUUGAAUCAAUGGCCACUGACAUAGACUAUAAGUCCCUGUCUCUCAAUUCUUUACGUAAGGUUACUUUAUGCUACUUAGAUAUGAAUCAAGAAGCUGCAAAAUUUAUUCGUUCGAGCCAGAAAGACAUCUGGAAAGAUACAGAGCUUAUGGAUCUUGUCGAUGAUUAUCUUGAGAGUAGCAUUCACAUUAUGAAAUUUUGUGCUUCCCUUGAAGACUGUCUCGAUCGUGCUCGUAACAGCCAAUCAAUAAUUCUUCUGUGCUUUAGGGAUGCUGGUGACCCUUUUACUGCUAAGGUUUUUUCUUCAUUUGACAUACUUCUUUUGCAGCAAGAUGCUUUGUUGAGCAAAUUGAAGUCCAAAAAGAGUGAAGUUGAUAAAAAGUUGAGUAAAGUGAGCAAAUUGAAGAACAUGAUCUAUUACACCGUGAUUGUUUCUGCUAUGAUUUGCAUAAUUAUUGCUGCAGUUUUCCAAGUGCCACUUGUCGGCGAGUUAUUAGGUUUGAGCAUAGGUCAAGGUGACUCGCUGAAGAAAUGGAUUGACUCAAUGUGGGAGAAGUAUGAGAAUGUGUAUGUGUUAGAGAGGGAGAGAGGGCUAUUGAGUUUAAUGCAUGUUGAUAGACUUAUUGUGAUUCAAGAGUUGAAGCAAAUUCGGGUUUUGGCAGAGAAAUUGCAGAUAACCAUCAAGGGGCUAUUGCAUAGUGCUGAUUUCGCAAUCAAGGAAAGAGAUGAGGUUACAAAUGUAAUGGAAGAGAUUAAGAAGAAUGUGAAUGGAUUUAUGGAAACCGUUGAGGUUUUGAGUCAGCAUGCUAAGAAGUGUAACCAGGAUGUUACGACGGCACGUACAGAGAUCUUGGUUAAGAUUAAGCUCAGUAAAUUUAGUGACUCUAAACGGGGCCGUGGUAUGUUCUUUAAUUGA